AUGUGUUGGAACCCAAUAUCCAUGAAGUUCACAGGAGUAGUAUGCAUUGCGUUUGUGAUAGUUCUUGUGUCCGCUUUAGCUCCGACCAAAGCAGUCUUGGAAGAGAAAGCGGAAUGCAUCCCAACAGAACUUUUGUCAUGCUUACCAGCAAUACAAACCGGAAGUCAACCGACCGCCGAUUGCUGUGGAAAACUGAAAGAACAAGAGUCAUGUUUGUGUGGUUACAUCCGGAAUCCAUUAUUUUCUCAGUAUGUUACUUCUGAAAAUGCUCAUAAGACUUUAGCGAAUUGUGGUAUACCUUAUCCUACUUGUUAA